AUGUCGCAGGCAUUGCCGUUCAUGACGGUGCCCGCGCAUUUGAGGAACAACCCCACAAAUCCAAGCUUGGUCGGCGAUUUGGGGUUUGACCCGCUCGGGUUCGGUGCGGAUGAGUACAUUAACGAGGUGCUCGAGAACUUCGGGGUUGAGUUUGACGCGAUGCGAUGGUACCGGGAGGCCGAGCUGAUGCAUGGACGCGUGUCUAUGCUCGCCGUCUUCAAGGUCAUCGUCGACUCAUCCUUCCCAGGAGUCAUGCCGUCAGAGCAGGCCUUCUCUGCUUCCACAUGGGAGCUAGUUCAGAUGAUGGCCCUCCUGGAGGCGUUCCGUGGAUAUCGUCUCUUCAUCAACCAGGAUGCUAUCGCCGGUGACCUGGGUCUCGGUGCCGGCCCGAUGACCAACGGCUGGAAGAUGAGCUGGGACAUGACUGUCGAAGAGUUGGCAGAGAAGCAGUACAAGGAAGUGCAGAAUGGCCGCCUUGCUAUGUUGGCCUUCGCAGGAAUGAUCACGCAGUACAUGGUCACUGGCCGUGCUGUGGGCUUUGCAGAUGAUGCCCAGCCCUUUCAGUUCAUCGAAGGGGUGGAGCAGGUGGUCACUGCCAACGACCUGGCCUUGACUGUUGCCGGCUCCGUGAUGGCCCUCGACGGUAUCCGCCGCAUCUCUAUGCCGGACCAAUCGAUUGCUGGACGGGCCCUGAACCUGACGAAGUUGAGCGUCGGUGUUCAGGCAAGUCUCCUACCCGGCAAGGAUUUCCGAGCCUUGUUUUCCAAGCUCUGCCGGGUCUUCUUGAAGGACUUCCAGCCAAGAGUGCUUGGUUCAAGGAUCGAAUUGUUCAUUCAGUCAGCUCUAGGCUAUGGCCAUCAGGGCCUUUGCUCAGACUCCAUCUACGGCGUUUUAGUGAUCAUUCUGCCAUUUGUGCUGCAGAUUGAACGUUCCCAACAGAUGGAUACUGCGAGAUGA